GGGCGUUUUCCAGUCGUUUUCAUUACACCACCCUCAUACUAAGCUCGCAAGAAUGACCCAACCAAACAGAAACGCAGUCUCUAAUUCUCUUCCUGUCUUCCUCUUCUCCAUUCUCUUCUCUCUGUCUUUAUCUCUCUCUCUCUCAAAACCAACCCAAGCUAACCUAAGCUUUAGCCUUACAAACACAAUGAACCCAAAACCACCCACCAUGAAAGAAGACCACCAAAAGAAACUCACCCCCUUCAAACUACUCAAACCCGUCGCCUACCUCCUCCUCCUCCUCCUCUCCUUCACCUUUGGAUACCUCUCUUCCCCUUCUUCUCCAACAACCCCCUCUUUUUCUCCUCCCUCCCCCCAACUCCCCCAACUCGUCAACCUCCCAACUCAACUCGACCACUUCCGACUCACCUCGCACUGCGCCACCCCACUCCCUUCUCACCUCAUCCGCCAAACCAUCCUUGACCGCCUCUUCAAAUCCACCUCCCCCUUCGUCAACUUCCCCCCUCCCUACGCCACCCCCCUCCUCCGCCGCAGCCGCGUCAAAGGCUGGGGCUCAAACGGCGCCGUUUUCCAAAACCUCAUCCAAAAAGUCCAACCCCAAACCAUCAUCGAAAUCGGCACCUUCCUUGGCGCCUCCGCCAUUCACAUGGCCGGCUUGACCCGCCAGCUCGGCCUCAACGACACCCAGAUCCUCUGCCUCGACGACUUCCGCGGCUGGCCCGGCUUCCGCGACCGGUUCCGCGACAUCGGCCUCCUGAACGGCGACGUUUUGCUGCUCUACCAGUUCAUGCAGAACGUCGUCUCGGUCAACGCAACGGAGACGGUCUUGCCCAUUCCGUUCUCUACCGGGUCGGGUCUUGACUGGCUCUGUGAGAUGGGCGUGUUCGGGGAUUUGAUCGAAGUGGAUGCUGGUCAUGAUUUUAAUUCGGCCUGGUCCGAUAUUAUUCGGGCUUACCGGAUUUUGCGCCCCGGUGGGGUUAUUUUCGGGCACGAUUAUUUUACCGCAGCGGACGACCACGGGGUCAGGAGGGCGGUAACUUUGUUUGCCCGAGUUUACGGACUCAAGAUUAAGCUUGAUGGGCAACAUUGGGUCAUUGAAUCGAGUUAAUUAAACUUACUUCGUAUAAAUUCUAAAUCUUAUAGAUGAGGCUUAUGGUGUUUGACUACUUGCAAUCUGGAAAUAAAUAUGAUAAAAUCUUAGAGUGUAAUGAAAUAAUUGUUUAUUAAUUACCAUUCUAUGAUAAAAUUUGAGGUGACA